UCCUUUCUCCGAGCCUCCACCGACUGUGAGACCCGCGUGAUUUCACACUCCCAGAUGAAGGAGUCGAUAAUGAACCAGGAGAAGCUCGCCAAACUGCAGGCGCAGGUCCGCAUAGGCGGCAAGGGAUCAGCCCGCAGAAAGAAGAAGGUGGUGCACAGAACAGCUACAGCAGAUGACAAGAAGUUGCAGUUUUCUCUCAAGAAACUGGGAGUCAACAACAUCUCCGGCAUUGAGGAGGUGAAUAUGUUCACAAACCAAGGGACAGUGAUCCACUUCAAUAACCCAAAGGUCCAGGCCUCCUUGGCUGCCAACACCUUCACAAUCACAGGACACGCUGAGAACAAGCAGCUCACAGAGAUGCUCCCAGGAAUCUUAAACCAGCUGGGGGCCGACAGUCUCACCAGCCUCAGGAGACUAGCAGAGACCCUGCCUAAGCCAACUGGAGAGAACAAAGCCCCUAUGGUUGCUGCUGAGGAGGAGGAUGAUGAAGUUCCAGAUCUCGUUGAAAACUUCGAUGAGGCUUCAAAGGACGAGGCAAACUAACAAACACCAUCAAACAUUUCAAGACUCCUUACUCACCAUAAUUUGAUCCAGCAACAUUUUGUAUUUGGUCAUCUCUGUUUGCUGCUCUGUGAUUACAAGCAGAAGCUGCCUUUUAAUUGUAACCUUGUCAAUCGGGCUAAAGUAAAAUUGACUUUUUAUGGCAAGUAUUACCCACCGUUUAUGAGUUUUGCCUCAUUCUUACAAGUGAAAUUAUUUAAUUCAGUGGAAUGUGCAAACCUUUAUCUUUCUCACGCUGUCUCUCCUGCAUUGUGAUGCCCACACAUCAAACAUGUAUUGGUGGAAUUAAUCAUGUAAUAAAGAUUACAUUUGAAUUA